AUGACAAUACAGCACCGGGAAAUGAAGCGGUUGGUCGAGCUCUCAUCCAUAUUCAAGACACUGCCUGGCGCUGCUGCCAUACUGCAGUGCUCAGACGGAGACUGGUGCUGUGAUGGCAAUCGAGUGGCUUUCAACUGCUGCAAUGUGGCCGACACCGACUUCUUCAGCUUGCCCAGCCCGAGUCCAAUCGCCUUCAUCUCGAACGUGCCAUCUCCCACUUCAGCCAAGACGGUGCACAACUCGCCAGCCUCGCAGACAGAUGGCACCUUCGUCAGCUCGGAUUCUGCGGAAAGCAGCCCGACUUCCAAAUCAUCUCCGUCCUCCUCGUCUACAACUCAAGGUCCCACCACCUCCUCAGCAGUCACCCAUACGAGCACCACCACCGGCAAGGAUGGCUCGGCCUCUACAGUGACACAGGUGGUCACCGUCGCACCAGCCGCGGCUGGAGGCGACAGCAGCGAUAAGUCCUCAAACCACGACGACGACGACGACGAAGACGACGACUCAAGCCUCGGCCUCAUCGUCGGUCUGGCCGUCGGCAUCCCCGUCGUUCUCGCCCUCCUUGGCAUCGCCCUCUUCUUCUACGUCCGCCGCAUGCGCCAGUCCAAUAAACACCAUUCCCUCUUCCUAAAAGAGCAAACCUCACCCAUCGCCGCCAAUUACGCCAACAUCUCACCCGGAACCCAUGCGCCAGAACUCGACAGCUUUCCGGUGGCGCCUGGACGAAGCAAGAGCGGCAGGAGAAGCGAGCUUUAUGGUUCUGGUGUACCAAUCAACAGCCCGAAUCCUUCUAUCAGGUCGAAUGGUUCUGCACCGCCGCAGUACAGUCCUGGUGGGAGGGUAGAGCCAGCGAUGAGCACGAUACAGGAGCAGCCGGCGGAGUUGUGGGGAGGUUAUACGCCAUACACAGAAGAGAGGGCCAGGAAGUUUGGGACCGGCGGUGUGAAGAUGGAUCCGUGA